AUGACCAAAUUACCGGAUUUGGCUGAGAGUACGGAAAGGUCAUUUCUUUGGUUGAAGCUUUUCAAGAUUGUUUUCUCGUCGGUUGGCUCGCAACCUCCAGGAUGCGCAGAAAAUGAACGAAUGCUUCGAGUAGGCACUUUCCUCUUGAAAACAGAAAUCCGCACCGGUUGUACGGGUGGUGUUCGUAUUCCUUUGUUUCAGCCGUAUGUCCAAACAAUGGUCCUACAAUCUAUGGAACUUGCUUUACGAGCUCGCGAUCCAAUAAAUUAUUUUCUACUCCUAAGGGCACUGUUUCGGUAUGGUUUUCAAGGAUUUUUUUUUAUUAUCCUCCUUUUCAUCGUCCUUUUUUCCGGUCCACACAAUGCUUUCAUCACUGCUACCAUAUCUACCGUUAUUGAUGGAUCCGUUGGUGUACGCUUUGAACGGAAGCAGCAGUCUCAUCCAUCAGGAUCCAAUCGAAAAAUGUUGGCCGAUGCGCAACAGUUGUAUUAUCGUGAGGAGCAUUUGUUCGAUUCACCAGCAUUCCGGUUGAUCUUCGAACGCAGCCCUCCAGCUUCGCUUGUAAUGAAUGAACAACCAGCACCGGCUGAAAAUCAGCAGAUGGAACAGACCGAAACUGCCCCUCCACUGAUUUGUGAACUGACUGUCUCGGAAGUUGUACGUGAAACGGUGCGACAUCUGCGUUCUCCAUUCCUCAUUGAUUCACCGUUUGUCAAGGCAGCCACAUCGAGUCCACCAGCAUCAAUACGAAUUUCCUCUGCUGCUAUGCGAAUGCAUGCAUUUCGAAUUGUUCGCGGUGUUAUUUUGGGUGCAUUUGUACCGCCAAAACAUGGAAUUUUGUUGAAUCCUCAUUUCAAGCAACACAUAACCAACAAACUUCUGGUAAAUUUUAAUAAUACUAAUGAAUAA